GGGUAAGUGAUCCCAUAGUUAAGGUAGUACCAAUAGUUGCGGUACAUACCUAAAAAGCAAAUAUUUGGUUCAUUCUAUAGCGAGUAGUUGCUCGAUACAGUACUCAGAGCGCAUAUAGUCUACAUUUGUAUGUUUUAGAGCAACCGUUUCAUGCAAAUAUACAUCGUAUGGAUUUCAAAAAGAGAUUUUGUGAAGUUGGCGCACAGGUUCACCUGCCACUAACACUUUUCUUCCACUAUGUCUUCAGAAUAUAACGAAAAUACCCAUAUUAAUACGAAUGUUUCUAGAAGUUUGAAUUCCUCAAGCAGAAUGAUACAUUCUAUUACUAUUUCAAUGAUGAUACACCGUGUUAAAGCUCAAAUAACGUGAAAAACUACUCCUCCACUAUUGGUACACACGGCAUACUAUGUUCCUUUUGUUGCGAUAUGCAUUUCCUAUGCAUUCUGUGCCGUACUUCAAAAGUAAAAGUUUGAAUUUCGCCGCUUUGGAACGUCAACAUUUUUCGCGUUGUCGAUCAGUUUUCUCUCCAAUUCGUCUGUUGAUCAUUUGAGAUAUUGAAUGUAAGUAUAAAAUAUAAUACAAAUUAAUCAUGGCAAUGAAGAUUUUUCUUUCCAGUAUGUCAGGAAAAAAGAAUCAUGAACCGAAAAAUAAGCAAGGCAAGAAUCAGCACCAUAACGAUGAAAGCAUUGUGCAGCAAUGCAUUUUAAAUGUGAAAACUGGCCGACAAACUAUUUACGGUGCGUCGAAAUCUUUUGGUAUCCCUGAAUCUACCAUAAGGUAUAGACUGAGUGAUAAAUGGACCCAGAAAACUCGAAAAGGUCCGUCAACAGUUUUGUCGAGUGAAGAGGAAGAAAAACUUGUGGCUUGGUUGAAAGAUAGACAACAGAGGGGGAUUCCAGUCGUCAAAGAAACGCUGUAUUCGAAAGUGAAAUCCUUUUUUGAUGCUAAAGCCUGUUUUACGCCCAAACCCAAUCCAUUUCGAAACAAUCGUCCCGGCCGUAAGUGGUUCAACAGUUUUCUAAAAAGAAACAAAUCCAUCACACUACGAACACCAGAAGCAGUGUCUGCAGCGAGUGCAAAAGUCUCCGAAGCUGACAUCCGUGGCUGGUUCGAUAAAGUAUAUACGUAUUUUGAAGAACGUGGACUUUCGGAAAUCCUUCAAGAUCCGUCAAGGGUAUACAACGGCGAUGAAACAUCCUUUUUUCUUCAUCCAAAAACCAAAGCUGUACUGGCGGCCAGAGAAAGUCGCAAUGUAUACGAAGUGGAACAUGCCAACAGUCAUUUGAACAUAACGGUCAUGUUCAGUUUUGCUGCUGAUGGAUCAAUUGUUCCACCUGAUGUAAUAUUACCGAUGAAAAGACUUCGCACGGACUUGUUACGGACAUUUCCGGCAGAUUGGGGCGUUGGUAAAAGUGCAAAAGGAUGGAUGGAUGCAGAUAAUUUUGCAUUAUAUAUACAAAAAGUAUUCUAUCACUUUUUGUUGAAGAAAGGUGUAACAUUCCCUGUCAUAUAUUUUGUUGAUGGGCAUUCUUCGCACAUGGCUGCAGAAGUGGCAGAUUUAUGCCUUGAAUUGGAGAUAUUUCUUGUUGUUCUGUACCCUAAUACCACAAGAAUCACUCAACCCGCUGAUGUAGGCAUUUUCAAACCGUUGAAAAAUGCUUGGAAAGCAGCUGUAUCAGAAUGGCAUGACACACAUAAUGGAGAAAUCCUCUCCUUGGAUCAUUUCGGCCCAGUCCUUCAAGAGGCAAUGAAGCGUGGAAUCCUUGCGAGCAGUGUCAUUAACGGCUUCAGAGCUUGCGGUUUAUAUCCUUUCAACGCAGACAAUAUCGAUUACUCUAAAUGCAUUGCAAAGUCAGCAGCAUCCGCGAUUAACCAAGAAGUUUCGGUCGAAACGCCGGUGCCAAUCGCCUCACCCUCUUCCACGAGCCUACCGGCACAAGUCAGUGAUAAUUUGAUAGCGCACCCUUCCUAUAUUACAGACUCCGUCAUCAUCCCUUUCACAACAAUUAAGCAAGUUUUGAAAGAUAUUGGAGAAGAGCGGUUAAGAAAGAUAACCACUUGUUUGGAGCUGAACAGCGAUGAAAUUGUUAUUAAAACCAUUUUUGAAAAAUUAUUAAGACCCUUCCACAGCCGAUUAUCACACAUGACUCAACCUCACGACGAUGUAUCCGUUCCAGUGAAUCUUUCCGAUUAUGAUGACAAUCAGCCGUCACUUACUGCUGAACAAAUACAGAACAUGCCAGGUAAUUAGUUCAAAAUUAGUUAAAUUAUAAGUUACACUUCAUUUUCGUUUUUUAGUCGACCUUGCAUCAUCAGACGGAAAUUUCCAUGACAUCUCGAAUGAUGACUCAUCUCAGGAAGAUUUUGAAGAAGUUUUAUUACUUCCAAACAGCGAUCUUUGGAACACGCCUCUCGUAACUGUCGGUUGCCCAAGCAGCUCUCGUUUGGACGAAAGUAUGGAUUCUUCUUCUAAUUUGAUGAACAUCUCUGUAUAUCAUACAGAUGUUACACCAGGUGAAUCACGCGAUAUUAGAUCAUUUCAAUUUUUAUAGCUAAUGCUCAUUGUAAUUACAGUUGAAAUAAUACCUCCUGAUUCUGAAUUUCAAAAAGAAAAUGCGUCGAAUGGCUCAGAAUUACUUGACCAUGAACCGC